GUCGCAGCUCCUUAAUUGUUACAGUUCAACUUCAAUAGUUCGACAAACAACAACCAACAAUGGCAGCCAAGUUCUUCGCUAUUCUGUCCCUUGCGGUGGCUGCGUCAGCACUCCCCGUGGUGCCGGUGGGCGAAGCAGUGUACGCGGAGGUGGAGCAGCCCGCGCACUACGAGUUCCAGUACAACGUGCAGGACACACAUAGCGGCGACGUAAAGCAGCAGCACGAAGCGCGUGCCGGUGACGCCCUCCAGGGCUCCUACUCUCUGCUGCAGCCCGACGGCCUGACGCGCACCGUAGACUACAGCGCCGACGCUGUGCACGGUUUCAACGCCAUCGUGCGCUACGAGGGCCACCCCACACCGGCCCAUGCCCAGCUCGCCUACGCCCCUGUCGCAAAGGUCGCCUACGCCGCUCCCGUCGCCAAGCUGGCUUACUCCGCGCCCGUCGCCAAGCUAGCCUACUCCCCGGUCGCCAGCUACGCCGCUCCCGUCACCAAGCUCGCCUACUCCCCGGUCGCCAGCUACGCCGCACCCGUAGCCAAGGUCGCCUACACCGCACCCCUCUCACAGGUCUCCUUCUCCUCCCCUGCCAUCUCCUACCACCACUAGAUAGUUAUUUGUUACCAUUGAAUUGUUGAAGUUGUUCUAUUUAUUGAUAUGAUUUAACAAAUAUAAUUUAAGAAUACAAAA